AUGGCAACUAGUAGUGAAAAUUCACCUGGUCAUGAAUCAGUUGUUAUAGACAAUGAUGAAGUAAUAAAUGUUGAGAGUAAUCAAACGACUACUCUUAUCAAAAAUAAAGUUUUUUUUUCGAAGAAUAAUGAAUGUGUUCUUAUUGAAAAAGGUGUUAAAGGUAGUUUUGUUACCGUCAAUCGAUUUAAACACUUUGGUUUUAUCAAGCGGUAA